AUGUCUUCGAACGAGAUCCGCGGUCGGCUAGCGCUAAUCACCGGCGCAUCAGGAGGCAUCGGCGGAGCAUGUGCAUAUCAGCUCGCACAGAAUGGAGUCCACCUAGCCUUAACCUACUCGACCAAUUUAACAGCAAUGAAGCAGAUAGUAACAGAUCUACAAUCCAAAUACGCCGAGCUGAAACUCCGCAUCUCAGUCCACCAGGUCGAUGUCGGAUCCGCCGAUCAAAUCGAAGCCAUGUUCCAGGGAAUUGAAAAGGAACACGGCCAACGACCAGAUAUCCUUAUCUCAAACGCUGGAUACGGAAAGCGCAUACAGAAUGUGUGGGACAUCUCGCUGGAAGAGUUCGACCUUACAUUGAACGUCAACCUGCGCGCAUCGUUCAUUCUAGUCAAGGGCGUUGUGGAUCAUAUGAAAGCUCAGAAUUGGGGACGCAUUAUAUUCAUGUCGUCCAUCGCAGCGCACGGGGGUGGUAUUAACGGAUGCCACUACGCUGCUUCGAAAGGUGGCUUGACAGGAAUGAUGAAAAACCUGUCUACUCGUCUGGCCGAGUUCAAUAUCAGUGUUAACGAUGUUGCGCCAGCUAUGAUUGGUGAUACUGGUCUAAUCCCUAAUGCGGCUGCUAUUCCUGAGGUUGUUACUGGGAUCCCACUCAAGAGGCUGGGUACGCCGGGGGAAACUGCUAAUGUCGUUACGAUGCUUGUUAAGACUGGCUAUAUGACUGGUCAAAGCCUCUUGUUAGCCGGAGGGUUGAAAUAA